CUGAGCCGAGCCCGGUGCCGAGGGCAGGUAGAUACGCAGGCGGCGCGGCGGCGGCGGCGGCGGCGGCGGCGGCGGCGGCGGACUGAGCCCCGGGGCAGCCCGCUCCCUCCUCCCGGUCUCUCAUUCCCCGCGAUCAGCAUGAAAGCCUUCAGUCCAGUGAGGUCCGUUAGGAAAAACAGCCUUUCGGACCACAGCCUGGGCAUCUCCCGGAGCAAAACCCCGGUGGACGACCCGAUGAGUCUACUGUAUAACAUGAACGACUGCUACUCCAAGCUCAAGGAGCUGGUGCCCAGCAUCCCCCAGAACAAGAAGGUGAGCAAGAUGGAAAUCCUGCAGCACGUCAUCGACUACAUCUUGGACCUGCAGAUCGCCCUGGACUCGCACCCCACUAUUGUCAGCCUGCACCACCAGCGGCCCGGGCAGAGCCAGGCGUCCAGGACGCCGCUCACCACCCUAAACACGGACAUCAGCAUCCUGUCCUUUCAGGCUUCUGAAUUCCCUUCUGAGUUAAUGUCAAAUGACAGCAAAGCGCUCUGUGGCUGAAUAAAUGUCUUUUGCAGGCGCUGACUUUUUGUCUCCUUUGCACAAUAACAACAACAACCCCACAGGCUCUUUUAAGGCGCUGAACUCACUUUUCAACCCUUUCCCAAGGAGGACAAGUCAAAGGGACCUUUUUUUAAAAAUGGAAGGAAAACUAAGAAUGAUCAACUUCCCCAGGGUGUUUUCUGACAUGGACUGUGGUAUUAGUUAUUUAUGAAAAAGACUUUUAAAUGCCCUUUCUGCAGUUGGAAGGUUUUCUUUAUAUACUAUUCCCACCAUGGGGAGCGACAACGUUAAAAUCACAAGGAAUUGCCCAAUUUAAGCAGACUUUGCCUUUUUUCAAAGGUGGAGCGUGACCCAGAGGAUCCAGUAUUCAGUUACUUAAAUGAAGUCUUUCGGUCAGAAAUUACCUUUUUGACGCAAGCCUACUGAAUGCUGUGUAUAUAUUUAUAUAUAAUUAUAUAUAUAUUGAGUGAAACCUUGUGAACUCUUUAAUUAGAGUUUUCUUGUACAGUGGCAGAAAUGUAUAUUUCUGCAUACAAAGUGUAAUGAUGUACUUAUUCAUGCUAAACUUUUUAUAAAAGUUUAGUUGUAAACUUAACCCUUUUAUACAAAAUAAAUCAAGUGUGUUUAUUGAAUGGUGAUUGCCUGCUUUAUUUCAGAGGACCAGUGCUUUGAUUUUUAUUAUGCUAUGUUAUAUAACUGAACCCAAAUAAAUACAAGUUCAAAUUUAUGUAGACUGUAUAAGAUUAUAAUAAACAUGUCUGAAGUCAAUA